AUGCAAGAGGCUCCAAUUCCAGGAACAUUUUUCUGGCGACCUCGACUUGGUCUUGAUCUUUCUAUUCCGACUACAGAAGUGGCAUUCAAAGUUCACUUACCGAAUAAAGAAAAUGUUAGUAGAGAAGGUUGGGUGGUUAUGAUCAAGGGAUAUCAAAUGGGGAUAACCGUCGUUGGUUUAGCGUUCGGUCUGUCAAGCGCAAAACCUUAUCCCCAUCUGAAUCCAAUGUCAGCCUACUUUUAUACAAAUGCCUAUCGUUGGACCCUAAGGCAUCUCAGUCUUAUUCCCAAAUGGAUUGGAGGGAACGGUGGAAGCUAUUAUGACGCACAUAAAGUCUGGAGGCGACGCUUCUUUUACAUGGAAGAAUUUCUACCCGAUUGGUUGAAGGUUGCAUUACCGUUCGUUAGUCGAGAUGAAUGGAAGAAAGAAGAAUUGGAAUUAAAGAAAUUCAAGAAAUAUGCAGAACCAGCCUUCGGUAAACACUACCGCUAUCCUUCCAAAAGUUUCAACGACUUUCAGUCGCAAGACACAAAAGAGACAGCAGAAAACAUUGACGCUUCCAGUUCCUCUGACUCGGAAACUAUAUGA